AAAAUCCAUUAACCACCGCUUGCUUGUCUGCAAUCUCCUCUCGCUAUCUCUUUCUAAUCCCAUCUUCUUCUUCUUCUUCUUCUUCUUCUUCUUCUUCUUCUCUAUCUAUCCGCUUCCUCCUCCCUUCCCCUCUAAUCUUUCGAUUCAAAGCUUCGAACUUUCCACUUGAGUUCUCUUCCCCCUUUUCUUCUACAAACCUGUUUCUUCAUCUAUUUCUCGUGUGUACGAACAAACCCAGAAGACAAACAAGCUCAUGAUUAAGAUUGUGUCCUUGUUGUAAAUGAUCAGCUGGAGACAAUGGUGUUGCUAACCCAUAACUUGCAGGGUUCACAUGUCUUGCUUCCUUGGAGUUCACCAACAUGGACCAAAGGCUUGGUUAUUAAGCGACCUGUCACGACAAUACGUCUUGCUGGGAGCAAAGAAAAGCAUUUACGACUGAAGCAAAGUUGUUGUUUUAGUUUAGGGUCUCCUUGCAGUUGCGGACUGAAAGCAAAAUCUUUCAAGGUUACAUCAUUCAAAGGCGGCAUCCAAAACAGUGAAUCAGGAGGAAGAGAAAGCGGGAAGAAAGUUACCAACAACUCGGUCAAACUAUCUUACCGUUCAGAUGAUGACGAAAACAACGUGAACAGCUCUCCAAAGGCACAGAACACAUCGCUUUCAUAUACCUCGGAAGCAGAUGACUCAGUCACAGGACAACCUGCUAUCCAGAAGCUAUUCAAGAAAUGGUUAACGCUGCUGCGCACACAGUCACCUACUCAAGUGGCUGACGAGGCUCUGGGAGGAGAAGAAGAGGCUCCUCAGACGACAAAGCCAGAAACUGAGACAGAGAUCAAGAAAACAGAAAGCCUCCAGAGUACUAAAAGUACACUCUGGACCUUGUUCUGGAGUCUAGACGCAUCUAUCAAGAUUCCUUUGCUGCUAUUUGUUCCAGCUUUCUUAGCUGUUAACGCAAUCUACGGAGCUGAAGUUACAAAGGAGCUGUCCCCUCUGUGGAUAGCUGGUCCCUUGAUCGUCGCUCUUUAUGUCAAAAUGUUCCAAGGACUAUGCACCCUUUACGCCUUCUGCUUCAAACAAACCUCCAAAGUCAUAAGAAACCUACCAUCUUAUUACGUCAUAGCGUACCAUUACAUCGCCCAGGGCAAGCUCAGGGACGACGUGAGAGGUCUGGUGACUCAUCCAAUGGUGGCCAUCAAGAACGCUGACUACAAAGAGCUCACAGGGACCAAACUGAAACAGCUCCGAGAGUGGCUCGUUGAGAAGUACUUGGAUUUUGUUGAAUCUAUUUGGCCUUAUUACUGCAGAACUAUCAGAUUCCUGAAGAGGGCUAACCUGAUUUGAAGCUCUUCAAUAUGGAAACCCUCGAGUCAGGGCUUCUCAAUGAUCUGUACUUUUCAUGUUGUCUUUGAUUUUACCUUUUUUGAUUCUUAAAUUUUAGAAAGGCUUUCCAUGUCUUUGCUGUUGUUGUCUCCAUGUAUACUGCUACCUUUUUUGAGGUUUUACAAUGAGUUCUUUUAAUGUUUCCCUUUAA